AGUUUUCGCCGUCAGUAAGACUUAACGAAAUAGUUUUAAAUUUGCUUGACGACAUUUGUCAACGAGAGCGCGAAUUUUAUUUUAUUGUACAAAUCAAACAAGAUGUCUAAAUCUAAAUUGCCUGUUGAACAACAACCAAACACCAUUCCUAAACGAAGGCAGGAAUUAUUAAAAUGGAAUGGCUGGGGCUACAAAGAUUCAAAGUUUUUCAUCAAUAAAGAUGGCCAAGUUGAGUUUUCUGGAGAAAGAUACAAACUCAGCGGCCAUGUGAUGCCACACCUAAGAGAAUGGAUGACUAAAACUGUUGGCAUUGACAUCAAUCACAAGUCACCUGCUCAGGUUGAGAUGACGGUUGCUAACAUUCCAGCCCCGAACAUAAAUGAAGAUUUCAUGAAGAGCAUCAAGAUGUCCAACAUAUGCUACUCCGAUGACCCAAAUGAUAGACUCUUCAGGGCCCACGGUCACACACUCCACGAGUUGUUCUUAUUGAGAGAAGGAAAGUUCAAGAGGAUUCCUGACCUCGUUGUCUGGCCAAAUGGUCACACGGAUGUUGAGAAGAUUGUUGAGCUGGCCAAAGUGCACAACGUCGUCAUCAUUCCUUUCGGAGGUGGUACCAGCGUGACGAACGCGCUUGAAUGUCCGGAGCAUGAGGUCAGAAUGAUUGUUUCGCUGGACACUUCACAGAUGUCACGUAUAUUGUGGAUUGAUGAGAAGAACAUGGUGGCAUGCUGUGAGAGCGGCAUCGUCGGGCAGGACCUUGAUAAGAGGUUAGCAGCUCGAGGUCUCUGCACAGGGCACGAACCAGACUCCAUCGAGUUCAGUACUCUGGGAGGUUGGGUGGCUACCAGGGCAAGUGGCAUGAAGAAGAACAUCUAUGGCAACAUUGAAGAUCUGGUGGUUCACUUCAAGACAGUGACCGCGAAAGGCACUCUCGAGAAGAGUUGCAUGGUGCCUAGGAUGUCGUCGGGACCUGACCUCCAUCACUUCAUUCUUGGAUCUGAAGGGACACUCGGGGUGGUGACUGAGGUGACCAUCAAAAUCAGGCACAUCCCUGAAAUUAGAAAGUAUGGUUCCAUUGUGUACCCUGAUUUUGCGAGUGGUGUGGCGUGUUUGCAGGAGAUUGCAAGGUUGAGGGUUGCGCCUGCCUCCAUCCGACUGAUGGACAACGAACAGUUUCAGUUUGGUCAUGCGUUGAAGCCCGAGGUGAAAUCCUUCCUGGCAUCGCUGGUGGAAGGCCUGAAGAAGGUCUACAUCACCAAGAUUAAGGGCUUCGACCUGCAGCAAAUCGCCGUGGCCACGCUGCUCUUCGAAGGAUCAAAAGAUGAAGUUUUAAGUCGUGAGAAGAAAGUAUAUGAGAUUGCAUCAAAAUACGGGGGCAUCCCAGGUGGUGAAGAAAAUGGGCAGAGGGGUUAUAUGUUGACCUACGUGAUUGCAUAUUUGAGGGACAUUGGAUUUGAUUAUUGCACUGUCGCUGAAUCAUUCGAAACAUCAGUUCCUUGGGAUAGGGUGCUAGACUUGUGUCGCAACACGAAGGAUCGAAUAAAAAGAGAGUGCACGAAACAUGGAAUUCAAUUUCCCCCUUAUGCCACUUGCAGAGUGACACAAACGUACGACGCCGGAGCAUGUGUCUACUUCUACUUUGGAUUCAAUUACAGAGGUAUCAGCAACCCUGUCCACGUUUAUGAAGAAAUAGAGAAAAGUGCCAGGGAGGAAAUUUUAGCCAAUGGAGGCAGUAUUUCACAUCACCAUGGAGUUGGAAAGAUAAGACAGGAAUUUCUGGAGCGAACCAUUUCAUCACCUGGUUUGGGAACUUUGAGAGCUGUUAAACAAUUCUUAGAUCCAAAUAACAUUUUUGGCAAUGGCAAUCUUAUGAUUCCUCCCGCUUCGAAGUUAUAAUAUUUACAAUAACUAGUUAACCGAAUGAAUCAUGAAUAUUGUAUUAAUAUCAGCAUUGAUAUCAUCAUGAAUAUACACCAAGUUUCAUUGCCAUAUUUAAUGUUACUUAAAUUAUCAUCCUAAUGUUUAAUUUUUUAAAUAUAAAAUGAUUAAUUACUAAGAAUUACUGUUCAUCCAUGUUUCCAAAAAAGUUGCUGAUUUAUUAUUUGAUUGGAAGUAAAGAUUUUUUGUUUUUUAGAUUUAGUCGGAAUAUUGUAAAUCAAUGUGGCGUUAACUUGUGUCGAGUUGUCAGUUGAAAUAAAUAAUUAGUUAUGUGAAAUUUUAAAAA